AUGGAAAAGAACAUGUGCUAUCGGCAACGAAGGAGAAAAGAAGUCGUCUACGACGAUUGCGUACUCGAGGACUCCCUGUCCCAAGGUGACUGGCACAUCGAGGAGGACCCAAACGUGGACUACGAGAUGCUGCUCAGAGGAUUACGAGCCUGUGCUGAACGUGCCUCGAAGUCGCGCACGACAAACUUGGAUCGAAUUUCGAAGACCACCAAGGAAUUGUUAGGAAGAAGAAGGGCUUUGAGGCUUGAUCCGAAUGCAUCGCACAUUGAGCGAAGCAGCACAAAGAAGAACGAGUCUAAAGAAGUGCCGCAGGGAUCUCCGCGAAUUCCGCUAGCAACCUUGCUAAGCGAAGACGGGACUCGCACGUCUUCUCGUCGUGAGAUGGAAAUCAUUACGGAGAGGUUCUACUCGAACCUUUUCCGUUCAUCAACUCCUGUGUUAAGCCCAAUCAUCCCCACUGGCGAAGCUCCACCACGGAUUCUCCCUUCGGAAGUACGAGUCGCUAUCAAGAGCAUGAAAUCUGGCACAGCCCCCGGACCUGAUUUUAUAUCGGCAGACUUUCUUCGGGCUGGUGGCCAUCCGCUUCAUGUAAUCUUAUCAGCGCACAUGACAUCCUAUCUUCAGAAGGAAAGGAUCCCAGACCAGUGGAAGACCUCGCGAACCGUUCUUAUCCAUAAGAAAGGUGACCGAGAGGACCUUCGGAACUACCGUCCGAUAUGCUUGCUGAGCGUGUUAUACAAAUUAUUCACCAAGAUCAUCCUCACACGCAUAUCUAGGACGCUGGAUGAAGCCCGCCUCAAGAACAAGCUGGAUUCCGCCAAGGGUUCGCUGCUUGGCCACAUCCAGACCGUGUCGGGGUCUGAGGUUUGCCGGGAAUACCGCCUGCCCCUAGUUCUAACCUUCGUCGACUACGAGAAAACCUUUGACAGCGUAGAAACGAAUGCAAUACUGUCAGCGCUGGUCGAUCAAGCUUUUCCACCGCCCUCUCACCAUACCCAUUGGAAAGGGGGUACGACAAGGCGAUACUAUAUCGCCGAAGCUGUUCCGGCUGCAUUGCAAUGGAUAAUGAAAUCACUAUCCUUGGAAGAAAGGGGCAUACGUGUUGAUGGAAGAUUUCUUUCGAACCUUCGUUUCGCGGACGACAUCGUUCUCUUUUCGAGCAGUACCAAUGAAGCAGAAACGAUGCUCAACGAAUUGAACGAAGUAGGGAAGAGAAUAGGACUACGAAUAAACAGAAAGAAGACACAGUUCAUGAAGAACUGCGAGGACGGAGGAGUACAACUUGAAGGCUUCCAAAUCGUGGAAACUCCGUCAUACGUAUACCUUGGACGUUCUAUGAACAUGGAAAACGACUUGAAGGAAGAACUGAAUAGAAGAAUGAGAGCAGCAUGGGCAGCAUUCGCAGCCGUCAGGGAAGCUACGGACCAAAAUCUUCGUGCCCAUCUGUUCGACUCGACAGUCCUUCCAGCGCUCUGUUACGCAGCGGAGACGUGGGCAGACACCGCGGCCACGUCUAGGAAGCUACUUACUACCCACAGAGCCCUUGAGAGAUGUCUCCUGAAGUUUAACCGGCGCACAACACCUUGUCGGUCUUCGUAG